AUGGACUCAUCAAAACCAUCCAACAGAAUAAGUGACAUUGUGAGGCUCAAGCAGAAGCUUAAGAAAUGGAGGAUACAAGCACAUGAGGCUAAGGUCAAUGGUGGCAACACCGACGACAACGAUGGUAGCAACAACAGCAGCAACAAUGCUAAAAAGGGUUCCUUAAAUAGGAGCAAUAGCAAAGGCAAUACCUUUAUAAAGAGGAGGACGCUCUCUUUCACGGACUUAGCAGCCAACAACGGGAUGUCAAGCAAAGGCUUCCUGCCCCUUGAUGAUACUAAGGCCAAUAUCAGCAACUCCGGCAGCAACAGCAGCAGCAGCAGCAGUACUAAAAAGGGUUCAUUGACUAGGAGCAACAGCAUCAAAGGCAUCAAUUUCCUGAAAAGGACUCUCUCUUUCACCGACCUCUCAGCCAACAAUGGGGUGCCAAGCAACAAUGCUGUCCCCAAAGGUUUCUUGGCUGUUCAAGUCGGUGAGGAGAUGAAGCGCUUUGUCAUCCCGACAAAGUACUUGAGUCACCAAGCAUUUAGCGUCCUGCUGAAAGAAGCUGAGGAGGAGUUUGGUUACCAGAAGGAAGGUGUUCUGAGGAUUCCCUGUGAAGUAGAAGUGUUCGAGAACAUCUUGAAGGCGGUUGAGGAAAAAAACAGCUCACAGGCUAAACAAGGCCUUAAGUUCAGCAGAAAUGAUGGGAUUGUAUGUGGUUCAUCAGAUAGUCAGAGCCUCUCACAAGCUCAACAUCCCCCAACCCCAAUGUGCAGAUAAUAUACAUCAAUCUAAUUCCUUUCUCCCCCUUUUUUUAUACCUCAUUAGAAGCAGGAAGAAAGUUGAUAUAUAGAAAAUGUGAGAGAAAGCAUGCUGACUAAUAGCAUCAUGUCCGAAGCUCAUGUAAUUUGACGAGUUUAAAUACCAUUGUAAUUUGACUUCCGAGUUAUCGGCUAUAGUAACCGAA